AUGCCCAGUCAGGGCGAGCAAUUCGCGGCCAUAGACAGCCGCGGCGACGGGCGUUUGAUGCUCUUCAUCAGGCUGUCAGUGUUAGUCAAGUCAGUCAGCCAGCCAGUCAAUCUGGCGCCGAUCGAAGGUUCCGUCGACGGCAGCGGAUACAAGUCCAGCUAUCAGUAA